CCAAUCGCACGUAGGGUGACGGCCCCGGUGACAGGACCAGAAUGUUUGCCUUUGCCUUUGCGGUGAUGGUUGCUCGUUCACCAGGCAGCUAGCGCCCGAGCUCAAGCUCCCCACCUCCGUCUACCAACAAUCCGCCCCCUCACCACCCACGCCGCCUGCACCGUCCGCUGCGCAGCCAUGGGGACCGCCCUGAAGACUUGGGAACUCGAGAACGCGGUGCAGCUCGUCGACGGCACCAAGGAUGCCCUCUACUCGUACUCGGCCCCGGCCCAAAAGGCCCUCGACAGCGCGCACCCAUGGCGCUCCGACCCGCACUACUUCACCUCGGUGCGCAUCUCGGCCGUCGCGCUGCUCAAGAUGGUCAUGCACGCGCGCGCCGGCGGCUCGCUCGAGGUCAUGGGCCUGAUGAUGGGCAAGAUUGAAGCCCACACGUUUGUCGUCACCGAUGCCUUCCGCCUGCCGGUCCAGGGCACCGAGACGCGCGUCAACGCCCAGGACGAGGCCAACGAGUACAUGGUCGAGUUCCUGCAGCGCGCCCGCGACCAGGGCCAGCUCGACAACGCCGUCGGCUGGUACCACAGCCACCCGGGCUACGGCUGCUGGCUGUCCGGCAUCGACGUCAACACGCAAAAGACGCAGCAGCAGUUCUCCGACCCCUUCUGCGCCGUCGUCAUCGACCCGGACCGCACCGUCAGCGCCGGCAAGGUCGACAUGGGCGCCUUCCGCACCCUGCCCGACACGUACGUCCAGGACAAGGCGAAGGGGCCCACGGUCAAGGACGGCGCCGCCGGCGUCGAGGCCGACGGCUUCCAGACCAUUCCGCUCGGCAAGAUGGAAGACUUUGGCGCCCACGCCAACCACUACUACCCGCUCGACGUGUCGCACUACAAGUCGACGCUCGACGCCAAGCUGCUCGAGGCCCUGUGGAACAAGUACUGGGUCCAGACCCUCUCGGCCUCGCCGCUGACCACCAACCGCGACUACGGCACCAACCAGAUCAGCGACCUGGCCCGCAAGACGCAGCAGGAGGCGGGCCGCAAGGGCUUCAAGACGGGCGCGCCCGUGCUGGCCCUCGCCGAGAGCAGGUCCGAUGCGCUCCCCAAGCUGGGCGCUGCUGCUAGCAAGAUUGCCCGCGAGGAGGACAUGGGCCUGCUGGCGGCUAGCGUCAAGGGCCGCGUCUUCAAUUUUCCGCCGCCGGACGGCCCAGAGGUCGACAUGAAGUGACCGUGCACGAGCCACGGGAUAC